UGUGCAGCUAUGUCGGCUGACUCUGAGGAAGAUCUGGCGGCUUUCGUGGCCCUCCACGGGGCCGCGCUCCGCUCAUCGAGGGUGCCGGAAUGCUACUGGGAGAGCCUGUGCCGGAAGCUGCGUGGCGAGGUAUUUGAUGCUGGUGACUACUUUGGGAUAAUGCAAGUAGAAGAGGUGGAUGAGGAGGAAGAAGUGGAUGAAGAAAUGGAAGAAGAGUUAAAAAAGAAACCAAAUCCUGGCAGUGAACCUAGUUUCAAAGUUAUCGUAACCAAUGAGAAUGGGCUCCAGGCCUCCAAUCCCAAUAGCAUCUUCCUCAUCGACCAUGCCUGGACAUACCGCGUGGAGCAGGCCCGCCAGCAGCUGCUGCACAUCCCCGGCUUGCUGCACAGGAUGGCAAGUCUCAUGGGAAUUGACUUCCACGGAGAGCUCCCAGAUGAGGGCAGUGUCGAGCAAGUGUUGCAGGAAAUGUGGAAAUACAACCAGACCUAUCAGCUUUCUCAAGGGACUGCAGAGGAGAAGGUUCCUGUCUGGUACAUUAUGGAUGAAUUUGGAUCACGCAUUCAGCAUUCAGAUCAGCCUAGCUUUGCCACAGCACCUCUGUUUUAUAUGCCUCAACAAAUUGCUUACACUCUUCUCUGGCCUUUGAGAGACCUUGAAACUGGUGAUGAAGUGACUCGGGAUUAUGCCUACGGGGAAACGGAUCACUUGAUCAGGAAGUGUGUUUUGUUACCCUGGGUGCCUGCUGACAUGUUAGAUGUGAACUGUUUUACACCAGAGCCAUCUGAUGAGUAUUACCAGGCUAUUUUAGCAGAAAACAAGGAGAAACUGCCUGUGACAAUAAGCCCACCAGUUUAUGGCAAAGACAAAGUUUUCAAGGUUUUCACAGACAUUCAGCAAGUCCUCCACAGCCUGACACACCCCCGAUUUGUGUUCACGGACAACGAGGGAGAAGCAGACAUCCUCUACAACUUCUCACACUUCAAAGAUUAUAGGAAGCUAAGUGAAGAAAGGCCUGAGGUAAUGCUGAAUCAGUUCCCGUGCGAGAACCUCGUAACCGUCAAAGACUGCCUGGCAUCCAUAUCUAGACGAGCUGGAGGACCAGAUGGGCCAAGAUGGUUGCCUCGUACAUUUAACCUCCAAACAGAACUGCCUCAGUUCAUCAGCUACUUUCAGCAGCGUGACAGAAGAGGAGAAGACAAUCACUGGAUAUGCAAACCGUGGAACUUGGCCAGAAGCCUGGAUACUCACAUCACCAACAACCUUAAGAAUAUCAUCAGGCACAGGGAAAGCAGCCCAAAGGUGGUGUGCAAAUACAUUGAGGAUCCCGUGCUGUUCCGGCGGGAGGAUGUGGGGCUGGUUAAAUUCGACAUCCGCUACGUCGUGUUGCUGCGCUCCGUGAAUCCGCUCACGCUCUACGCUUACGACGUGUUCUGGCUGCGCUUUUCCAAUCGGGCGUUUUCACUUGAUGACUUGGAUGACUACGAGAAGCAUUUCACAGUCAUGAACUACGCUCCCGGUGUAACGCUAAAGCAGGUACACUGUGAAGAAUUUAUUCCUCUGUUUGAAAAACAAUAUCCAGAAUAUCCUUGGGUAACAGUACAAGCAAAUAUCUUUAAGACAUUUGCUGAAUUGUUUCAAGCUGCUUCAGCUAAAGCUGCGCCUUUCGGCAUCUGCGAUUAUCCAUCGUCAAGAGCUAUAUAUGCCAUUGACUUGAUGCUCAAAUGGGACACCAGCAGAGAUGGAAAAAGAACUAUGCAGCCUCAGAUCCUGGAGGUGAACUUUAACCCUGACUGUGACAGAGCCUGCAAAUACCACCCCACCUUUUUUAAUGAUGUCUUCAGCACCCUGUUUCUGGAUGAAACGGAUGGCUGCCAUGUGACGUGCGUUGUCUAGCCGCAGGAGGUUUGACUCUGUCCUUCUCAAGAUAUGCUUUCCAGCAAGAUCUGUAUUUCAGUUCUAUGAGCUGCUGAUGCAACUGUGUUCCUGUUCUACUCACACAGGGUGGGGGGGGAAUCAUAUCAGAACAAUGUGCAUAUACUGUGUAAUGAUAAUCAUUGUACCUGCAUUUGUCAUCUCUCGUUUAGUUGUGUAAAUCCUCAGUUUGAGUCGGUCAGAUACAGGAGACCUCAAAGAGCACAGCAGCUGGAGCUAUUGGCUUGUUUUUCAUACAGCCUAAUUCCUUGCUUGCUGGGAAACACUGCACAAGUUCCCCAUGUCAACA